CAGUAACUCUUCAUCAGACUCUUGAGGAGACAGAAAUAAAGACCCCGGCAGGAGCACACACACAGCUCAAGUGUUUCUCAGCGAGCGUCUGGAUGGAGGGAGACGGAGGUGUGGCGCUCACACAGAGCCCUGAGACUCUCACCGAGGACGACGUCUGUGUGAUCCAGGACACGUGGAGACCCGUCUACGAGAACCGAGAGAAUGCUGGAGUCGCUGUGCUCAUCAGAUUUUUCUCAAACUUCCCAUCGGCGAAGCAGUACUUCGAUCAAUUCCGUGACAUGCAGGAUCCCGAGGAGAUGAAGGAAAGCAUCCAGCUGAAGAAACACGCGCUGCGGGUCAUGACCGCCCUCAACACGCUGGUGGAAAACCUGCGUGACGGAGACAAACUCAACACCAUCUUCCAGCAGAUGGGCAAAUCACACGCGCUCAGACACAAGGUGGAUCCGGUUUACUUCAAAAUUCUGGCUGGAGUAAUUCUGGAGGUGCUGGUGGAAGCUUUCCCACAAUGCUUCAGUCCGGCAUCGGUGCAGAGCGCGUGGUCUAAACUCCUGGGCGUCCUGUACUGGCAGAUGAACAAAGUCUACGCUGAAGUCGGCUGGGAAUCCAUCAAAAACUCUGCAAAGUGAAGGAGAGAAUAAAUGCAUAAUUAUAUGAAUGA